CAUCAGAAGGUCUACAUGCGUCCGCCCCCUUGCCAUCUCGUCUUCGUCGUGCUUGUGUCACUUGUGGGACAAUCAGCUCCCCCUGAAGUCUUGCAGAAGAUGACUUAUCUCGUCAUAAGGCAUCCCCAAGUCAAGCAUAUUGACACAGUCCGCGCUUACACUUUUGGUGUUCUGUAUUUUGUAGAGGUUGACAUUGAACUUCCAGAAGAGUUACCGUUGAAAGAAGCACAUCUCAUAGGAGAGACCCUGCAGAUGAAGAUAGAGAAACUUCCUGAAGUUGAAAGGGCAUUUGUUCAUCUUGAUUAUGAGUGUCAACACAAACCAGAGCACUCUGUUCUCAGUAGGCUGCCCAACAGAGAGGAUUGAUUUUUCUUUCAGUUCAUGUCAGUUACUACUUACAUGCUUCAAAAUUUGGCCUUCUGGAAAUUUACUUGAUAGGAAUGUUUGGGAUAGUAAACGACUUUCUGGUUUGAGCAUGAGUGGACUUUGAAUCUGCUUCCAUAUUUCGGAUCUAAUUGUUAUAUAUAAGUCACUGUCAUGUGCCUGUUGUAUGGAGAAAACUGUAUAAUGAGUCUUCUGAAAUACUAGCAAAUGAGGCGAUUUAUUCGGCUGCUUUCAGUCUUCAAUAAAUUAGUAAAGGCAAUUUUCAGUGAUA